AUGCCCCGGACCCGAGCGCUGCUGGAGAAAAAUCCCGAUUUUCCCCGGAACGCGCCAGAUCUUCCCCUUCAGGCGCCCCGGGGCGCUCAGCGCAGCCAACCGAGCCGCCUGUCCCGGCAGGUGGGCACCAACCUGACCGACCUGCGGCUGCCGCGGAAGGCGACGCUCCGGGAGCUGGGCGGCUGCAUGGGCCCCAUCUGGCCCAGCUACUACGGCGAGUGCAGCGCUCUCCUGUUUGUGGUCGAUGCCGCCAACCCCACCCAGGUCUCCUCGUCUUGCGUCCAGCUGCUCUCCGUCCUCUCCGCAGCGCAGCUCGCCUCCGUGCCUGUGCUGGUCCUCUUCAAUAAGAUUGACCUGCCCUGCUACAUGUCGCUGGCGGAGAUGAAGUCGCUGUUCCGCAUGCAGGACAUCGUCUCCUGUGCCACACAGCCCAUCACGAUGCUGGAGACAAGCGCGCGCAAUGGCACCGGCCUGCCUAAUGUCCUGCAGUGGCUUCGGGCCACCCUCGGAGACCCCCGCUGACCCCGACCCUGCCCGGGUGCCUGUGGCAGCCCAGGCAAGUCCUGUCACCGAAGGAGGUGGCCGGUGAGCAGCUGCCCUGCGUGGGACUGGGAGCGGAGCCCAGGACGGUGUCAUGGGCUGGUGGUGGACAGGACCCCUGUGGAACUUUACAGUAAAAUUCCCACUGUACUGUCCA